GAAACUCCGCCCCUUGGCUGCUGCCCCCGUGGUCCAGCCCCAAAUGUAAAUAAGCCGAGCGUAGCGUCCCGGGAGCGCCGCCCCUGCACGGGCCCCUACGCCUGCGCGGUGGAGGAGGCUCGCCGGGGGCGGGCGAAGUCGAGGCUCCGCCUUUCGCGGGGUCCCGCGGGGGCCCUUAGCGCCAGGCCCCGCCUCCUGCCGAGGCUCGGGCCUGGGGGCGGAGCGAUUGUGGCCUCUGGUAUGGGCAUGCAGUUGGCUGGGCUGCGUCUUCUAGGUGGCAGGGCGGGCUCAGCUCUCGUCCGGGCGACUGCCAUCGGGUCGGCUGCAUCGGCGGCGGCGAGAGCAGGAGGGUAUCGGCGACGAGGAGGGGAGUGGACGCUCGGAGGGGCCUGCGGUUUCAGAAGCGCCGCCCCAGCUAUGGCCCCAAUCAAGGUAGGAGAGGCCAUCCCUUCUGUGGAGGUUUUCGAAGGGGAACCUGGGAACAAGGUGAACCUGGCAGAGCUGUUCAAGGGCAAGAAGGGAGUGCUGUUUGGAGUCCCUGGGGCCUUUACCCCUGGCUGUUCCAAGACCCACCUGCCAGGAUUUGUGGAGCAGGCUGAGGCUCUGAAGGCCAAAGGGGUCCAGGUGAUAGCCUGCCUGAGCGUUAAUGAUGUCUUUGUCACCAAAGAGUGGGGACGAGCUCACAACUCUGGAGGCAAGGUUAGGCUCUUGGCUGACCCCACAGGGGCCUUUGGGAAGGAGACAGGUUUGUUACUAGAUGAUUCUCUGGUGUCUCUCUUUGGAAACCGACGGCUCAAGAGGUUCUCCAUGGUGGUAGAGGAUGGCGUAGUGAAGUCCUUGAAUGUGGAACCGGAUGGUACAGGCCUCACCUGCAGCCUGGCCUCCAACAUCAUCUCGCAGCUCUGAGACCCUGGGCCCAGACAUACUCUUUCUCCCCUUCCCAGUCUCACCUGCGCAGCCCCGGACAGAGGGCUCCAGUCCAAACCCAAGAGGGGCCAGUUCCCGGAUGGGAACUUGGACCAAAGUUCUGCAAUAAACAUUUCUGGUUCACCUUUA